AGGCGCGCACGUGCGGCCCGGAAGAAGUAACUUCAGCCAGAAAAACUGAGGAGUUGGUCUGCGGCGCCGCGGUGAAAGCUUUCUUCCGACAUCAUGUCUCACCUACCGAUGAAACUCCUGCGAAAGAAGAUCGAGAAGCGGAACCUGAAAUUGCGGCAGCGAAACCUAAAGCUACAGGGGGCCUCAGGUAUGAGCCUGUCAGAAGCCCAAAAUGGAGAUGUGUGUGAAGAAACAGUGGGAGGUGUAAAAGAUAAAAAAUCCGUAAAACAGUGUAUGAAUGCAGGCUUGUCAGAAGCCCAAAAUGGAGACAUGCCUAAAGAAACACUGGAAAAGGUGAAAAUUAAAAAAUCCCCCAAGAAAUUUGCCAUUUUAACCAAUGGGGAAGCAACAACACAGCCUCCCAAUUCAGAAUCAAAAAAGAAAAAGAAGAAGAAAAAGAGAAAAAUGGAGGAUGUUGCUGGGCCUGACAUAAAAAAAGCAAAAGCUGAAGACGAAGAGGCAUCUGAAGAAGGUGAUGCCGAGGCUCCUGCAGAAGCAGAAACAAGGGUGGAGAAGCCAGGUGACGAAGAUGACAGCGAAGUGCCCGGCCUGCCCCUGGGACUCACAGGAGCUUUUGAGGAUACUUCAUUUACUUCUCUAACUAAUCUUGUCAAUGAAAACACUCUGAAGGCGAUAAAAGAAAUGGGCUUUAGAAACAUGACUGAAAUUCAGCAUAAAAGUAUCAGACCACUUCUGGAAGGCAGGGAUCUUCUAGCAGCUGCAAAAACAGGCAGUGGCAAAACCCUUGCAUUUCUCAUCCCUGCAGUUGAACUCAUUGUUAAAUUAAAAUUUAUGCCCAGGAAUGGAACAGGAGCUCUUAUUCUCUCACCUACCAGGGAGCUGGCCAUGCAGACUUUUGGUGUGCUAAAGGAGCUGAUGACGCACCACGUUCACACAUAUGGGUUGAUCAUGGGGGGCAGUAACAGAUCUGCUGAAGCACAGAAACUUGCUAACGGGAUCAACAUCAUUGUGGCCACACCAGGCCGCCUCUUGGACCACAUGCAGAAUACCCCAGGGUUUAUGUAUAAAAACCUACAGUGUCUGGUUAUUGAUGAGGCUGAUCGUAUCUUGGAUGUUGGAUUUGAAGAGGAAUUAAAGCAAAUUAUUAAACUUAUACCAGUACGCAGACAGACCAUGCUUUUUUCUGCCACACAAACUCGAAAAGUUGAAGACCUGGCAAGGAUUUCUCUGAAAAAGGAGCCCUUGUAUGUUGGUGUUGACGAUGAUAAGGCCAAUGCAACAGUGGAUGGUCUUGAGCAGUCUGUUAAAUACCACUAUGAGCUGCUGAACUACAUUGAUUUGCAUGUCUUGGCCAUUCAUGGAAGGCAGAAGCAAAAUAAGAGAACAACCACAUUCUUUCAAUUCUGCAAUGCAGAUUCGGGGAUAUUAUUGUGUACAGAUGUGGCAGCUCGAGGUCUGGAUAUUCCUGAAGUCGACUGGAUUGUUCAGUAUGACCCUCCAGAUGACCCCAAGGAGUAUAUUCAUCGUGUGGGUAGAACAGCCAGAGGCCUAAAUGGAAGAGGGCAUGCCUUGCUCAUUUUGCGCCCAGAAGAAUUGGGUUUCCUUCGUUACUUGAAGCAAUCCAAGGUUCCUCUAAGUGAAUUUGAGUUUUCCUGGUCCAAAAUUUCUGAUAUUCAGUCUCAGCUUGAACAACUGAUUGAAAAGAACUACUUCCUUCAUAAGUCAGCCCAGGAAGCAUAUAAGUCAUACAUUCGAGCAUAUGAUUCCCAUUCUCUGAAACAAAUCUUUAACGUUAAUAAUUUAGAUUUGCCUCAAGUUGCUCUGUCAUUUGGUUUCAAGGUGCCUCCUUUCGUUGAUCUUAACGUGAACAGCAGUGAAGGCAAAUGUAAGAAGCGAGGAGGAGGUGGUGGAUUCGGCUACCAGAAAGCCAGAAAGGUUGAGAAGUCCAAGAUCUUUAAAAACAUCAGCAAGAAAUCACCUGGCAGCAGACAGUUCUCACACUGAAGACACAUCUUCUUUCAUCUUCAAUAACUGUCCCAAAAUGGAUUUUCUCCCUGUUGCUCUAACAGGGAAAUUUUUGUAGCCUUUGGGAUUUGGAUUGAUUUAAUCAAGAAUAUAAAUUGACCGGCUGCAAGCACUGAGGGCUGUUCCAGCAGAUCUUUUUUAUUUUUUAUUUUUUUUGGUGGGGGGAAGGAUAUAAAACAGUUCAAUUUUUCUUGGUUGCCCAAGGGCAAAGAAAUAUUUUGGUCUUUGUUGUGAUGAUAAAAUAUUUUAAUUUUAAAUAUUUUCCCUUCAGAUUUAUGUUAUUGUUUUAAUAUAAUUCUUUCUGCGCCUUUUUUUCCUGGUGUCUGCAGGUUUUUGUGGAAUUAAUUACUUACGCUAACUUGCUGUAAAAGGCAGGUGACCUAGUAUUCCACACAGGUGGUGCUGGUGGUAGUGCCAAAAAUAGUCCCAGUUUAUUUUUUGGACCUUAACAGUCGUCGUUGACUUCUCCUGAAAAUGCUACCGUAUAAAAGGGCAGAGAACUUUGGGAAAUAUCUAGGGAGUAUCUUUGGUUAGAAGUGGUGUUGAUUUUUAUAUACUGCUAAUACGUUUUAAAAUAUGAACCUUUCUUAAUUUUUUUUUUUACGAGCAAGAAAUGGAUUGUCAUUGUCAUUUAAAUAAAGUGCCCCUAGCAGUCUUAAUAUUUUGGGGUGGGGAGGGGAAUCUGGGAUUUAGGAACCUCGUUUACACCAAUACGGAUUUGCUAUUCUGCUGUGUUCUAUAUUUGGUAACCUAGUAAAGACACAAGGAUGGCGACACUCCUCAUUCAAAUCAGUUCAUUUCAGGGUGGUUUGGAUUUUGGCAAACUUUCGAUUCUGCAGAGCGCCUAGAAGACAUGGCUAACUAUUAAUGUAGCCUUAUAACCGGGCCAUCACACAGCCACUGCUCAACAUGCAUUCAUGUUAGUGUCUGUGAGAAAAAGUAUCUCUUCCAGAUCCAUGAAACAAAAGUAAAUGUACAGUACAGUGAAAAUAAACAGGUCAAAAAAGUGGCAAAAGCCAGUGGUUUAGUCAGAUUUUUGUUCUAGAAGCAUUUGGUUUCUACUGUGUUUUGUGUAGUAUGUUAACUAUAAAAUAGUUAUAUUUUAUAGCAACUCAAAGCCAAAGUUGCUGGCAUCAUUUUUCUGUGUGCCAAUAAAUAUUCCUACAGAGGCCGUUAAGUAUAAGUGCCUCAGUGUACACUGAUGAGAACAUAAAUGUGGAGGAAACAGGCUGAUAAUACAUCCUGGAGGGGAAAGAAAAUGCUCUUCCCCGUCUAGGCCUGACUGCUGGCCUCUGGCUGGCCUGUCCUGGAUUUCAGACUUUGACUGCUGGGUUCCUUCCUUGGCUUCUUGGGGUCCUCAUUCUUGGCAUUUAGUUUAACUUUUUCUCUAGUAACCUGUUUACCUUUUUUGUUUCAGAAAUAAUCAUGUUGCAAAAAAUACACAAAAGCACAGGGAAGAAUAUUUUAUCACGGAACAGAUCAUAACACUUGAUGUUUUGAUAUAUAUACCCUGGUUUUUUCUAUGCGUCUUAACACUUUUAAUCAAAAGUGAAGUCGUCAUCUACCCACUAUGUAACCACUUUGUUUCAUAGUAUGUUCCUGUGUAAUUAAAUAACUUCAUCAGUCUUGUAUUUAUUACUGUGCUUUUUUAACUCUUGCUUGGUCUGCCUGGAUUUGGGUUCUUAGCUGCUUAUACCAGGCUGCCUGUCCCUGUCUGAGCAUACU